AUCUAAAAUAUUAUUGAAUAAUUUUUUGGCAUAUACGUUACAGAAUGGUAUAAUCAUCGUUUCUUCUUUCUGGCUGGGCUGACCGACAUCCGACUCUGGUAAAUUUCCUGGAAGCUUCCCRCCUCUUUCUUCACAGUUUCUUCUAAGAAUUAAACCACCAAAUUCAACACAGAGCAAUGUUUAUUUCAUGAAAGAUCGAUGAAAUUGAGGCAAGCAAACGGAAUUUAAUCUCUUCGCUUGUCUCGUCUUGGCCUUCUCAGAAGCAAAGCUCUAGAUCCGCGCAGAAGAGAUUUCAGCUUUCAAGGCUUCGCGAGUUUCUCCAAUGGCCGGAAUGCUUCCUGGAGUAGAGUGUGCUAGAAGAAGACGGUGUCAUCAGAACAAAGUAUGGUCCGAUUCACCAGCGAUCGCCGCUCAGGCCCUAACCAGGAGAUCCGUUCUCUGCUUGUACACRAGCAACCACGAAACCCUACUCGCUUCAAAUCCAUCUCUGAAGAGAAGCCUGUUAGCCGCGGUAGACGAAGACGAUAAAUUGGACGAAAUUGCGAGAGAGGCGAAGAGGAGGUUGGACGAGCGAUUGAGAACGCAGAGGAAAUCAGAGGUCGAAAUUGGAAGUUGCAGAGGGGGAAAGUUCAAGUGGAGCAAGUUGAAUUGGACAAAAAGUAUGGUGAGUGCUGGUGAGACGCCUUGAUUUCAGUGGGUCUAGUCUCCAUUUCUAUGUGUUCUACACAGUUGGGGGAAGGGAAUGAUGGGAUUAUAAUUCUGAUUACAACUAACAUGAACAUUUGUUGUAAAAUCUUGUUUUGGAUUUUGAAAUGCGGAUAUUCAUAUGGUUUUGGUUUAUGUGAAUGAUUCUGGUUUAAUUCUUGCUGUCAGUUCUUUUUAAACUCUGUGAGUGAAAAGUUGAAUUUAAAGUAGCUGAACAAGAGCCAUUGGAAUUGGUUUCUGUAGAUAGAUUGAAGAACAGGGAGAAAUUUUGAGGAUUGAAUUGAUGUGAUGGAAUUAUAAUUAAUGCAUUAGCGUUUGAGAAUGAUUCAA